AUGAAUCCUAUCGGCUCCUGUACAGUUAUUCAGCAUGGCGUCCUCCGUAAGGGCAGCUUCACGGUUUUGUUCUUUGUGUCUGUUUACGUCUUUAAGACACAAUGUCAGCAGUGCAGUUAGACGGCCCUGCCGACCCUGCUCCUCUCGACCGGUCAGGAGCAGUCUGUACGAGCAUGUGCUGGAAGGGUACAGUCACAAACCUAAACUGGACAUGCGGCGUGUGUGCGAGGAGACGGAUGCGGUGAAGGAGGAGGUGGAGGAUCGGAAAGGAGAUCUGCGGGCAGCUGAUGUCGGAGUUAUCAUCGCAGUAUGGAAGGAAUUUCAACAGAAGGUGCAAAAAGAAAUAUCAGAUUUGGAGACGAGAAAGAAUGUGAUCAGUGCCAAAGUCCGCGCUCUUGUGUUUGAGGAGUACACGAGUGCUAGGGAAGAGGGUAGAGCAAUCAGAGAGAAACUUAGUCGGUUGUAUGUGCAAGAGGGUGAGCUGGAGAAACAACAUUACUGCCAUGCCCUAAAAUUGCCCAACAGAACACAUCCAAGUGUGCCCAUCGGAAAUGAGAGCCAGGCAAGCGUGGUUGAAUUGGUUGGUCAGAAACUAGAAUUUGAUUUCAAACCAAAAGGCCACCUGCAAAUUGGAGAGAAUCUUGACAUCGUAAGACAAAGACGACUUGCCCAUGUGUCAGGGCACAGAUCAUACUAUUUGAGAGGUGUAGGGGCCAGACUUCAGUUUGCCUUGCAAAAUUAUACCAUGGAUCUUCUUCAGAAACGGCAGGACUUGGCACCUGCCCACACUGCCAAAAGCACCAAAAGAUGGUUCCAUGACCAUGGUGUUACUUUGUACACUCUUAAAUUCCUUGUUGUAAAUUCAACAGACUCAACAGAGAAAACUGCUCUGAUUGCCACUGUUUUGUGA